CUCCCUUUUCUUUCUUUUUCCUCUUCUGUGUCGGUUUGAAAUUUUCAUUUUUUCAUUUUUUUUUUUUUUCUUCUCUCUCUCGAAUCAAUCCGAAGAAAUAUAGGAACAUAUCAAAACUGAGCUCUCCACUCUCCUGUUAUUAUUGUUUAAGGUGGUAAUCUCAACCCCUACCCAACCCCCUCUCCGCCAUGAAAACCACUUCCUCCUCCUUGUUCGUCCAUUAGGGUUUGGUGCCAUGGUCUAAUACCAUGGUGAACCUCCUCCUCCGGGGUCUACCCCUCAAACCCCAUGGGAUCCACUCCCAGUACCUGACCCCAAUUCUCCCUUCUCCCCGGCCCAAAUCCAUGGCGGAAGAGCCCUCCCCACGCGCCCUUCGCCGAGCAGAAGAGGUGGAGGAAGAGGAGGAGGAGGAGGAAGAAGAAGAAGAAGAAGAAGAAGAAGAGGAGGAGGAAGCAGUAGUAGCGCCCACCACGAGCAGUAGCACUAACAUCUACCCCGAAUCUUGGCUCCAGCUGGGCCUCGGCCCGUCGCGCCCGCCGCCCACUCCUACGCCGUCGCCGGCAGGUAGUCGACCCGCUGCGCUCCAGCUGUUCGCCGAAAUGCCGCUGCAGCCGGCGCCCUCCCGUUCGGCGCAGAUUGCGACGCCGGAAGCCGGCUUUCUGCGGUUAAUGCCGCAGUCGGCGGAUCCGAAUCGAAUUGCCGGCCGUAGUAGCAGCGGCGGCGGCGCCUGGCAGGCGACGCCGUCGCCGACCGUCGACACUGCUCAGUCCGAUAUUAUGGUGGUGAUUCCGCCGCCGCGGCCGCAGGCCGGAGUUUGGGUGGUCCUUCAGGCCGCAGAAAAUCAGGGGAGAGAGCCAUCCUUGCCUCAGAUACCCAGGAGCUACUUGAGGAUCAAGGAUGGGAGAAUGCCAGUUAGGUUGCUGAUCAAAUACAUAGUGGAGAAGCUGGGACUUGAGGAUGAAUCCCAGGUAGAAAUUACGUGUCGAGGACACAGGCUUCCGCCCUUCCUAACAUUACAACAAGUUCGCGACGACGUAUGGCGCCCGCGGGAGACGGUGUCGUCGCAGUCGCAGCAACCGGACUCGUCGAGCACGACGCAGUUGAUGACUUUGCAUUACAGUAGAAGCUUGUAGAUUUUUUUUACAACCUUCAUGUAUAAUUAUUUAUAUUUACUAUGCCAAUUGUUUUUCUUUCUUUCUUUUCCCACCCCCCACCCCCUUUUAGGUGUUCAAAUUUUUGGUCAUCUAUUUUGUUUCUCUCUCUCUCUCUCUCUCUCUCUCUUUCAUCUAUUUCAUUGAGAGAGUGAGGUUGAGAGUGCAAGAGCAGUGAUUAAUUAGGGGUUGAGAUCGUACAUAGUGUAAUCCUAAGCCAUCUUGGCUCUUGAUCCCUGUUUUUCUAACUUGCUAAUUUUAAUUUAGUGGUUAUUUUUCAA